AUGGGUAACCGGGGGAUGGAGGACCUCAUCCCGAUGGUCAAUAAGCUGCAGGACGCGUUCGCCUCCAUCGGGCAGAACUCCAGCCUCGACCUGCCGCAGAUCGCGGUGGUGGGAGGGCAGAGCGCCGGGAAGAGCUCCGUGCUGGAGAACUUCGUGGGCAAAGACUUCCUCCCUCGUGGUUCUGGUAUCGUGACCCGGCGCCCGCUGGUUCUGCAGCUCAUCAACUGUCCAACAGAGUACGCAGAGUUCCUGCACUGUAAAGGGAAGAAGUUCAUCGACUUCGAUGAAGUCCGUCAGGAGAUCGAGGCUGAAACGGAUCGAAUCACCGGACAGAACAAAGGAAUCAGCCCGGUCCCCAUAAACCUGAGGGUCUACUCCCCCAACGUGCUGAACCUGACUCUGGUGGACCUUCCCGGGAUGACUAAGGUCCCGGUUGGGGAUCAACCCGCCGACAUCGAGAACCAGAUCAGAGAGAUGCUCCUUCAGUUCGUCACUAAAGAUAACUGCCUCCUAUUGGCUGUUUCUCCGGCCAACUCCGACCUCGCCAACUCUGACGCUCUGAAGAUCGCCAAGGAGGUCGACCCGCAAGGUCUGAGGACCAUCGGGGUGAUCACCAAACUGGACCUGAUGGACGAGGGGACGGACGCCAGAGACAUCCUGGAGAACAAGCUGCUCCCUCUACGCAGAGGUUACAUUGGGGUGGUGAACCGCAGUCAGAAGGACAUCGAUGGGCGGAAAGACAUCAACGCAGCUCUUCAGGCUGAGAGGAAGUUCUUCCUGUCGCACCCGUCAUACCGACACCUGGCAGACCGCAUGGGCACCGCCUACCUGCAGAAGGUCCUCAACCAGCAACUGACCAACCACAUCCGAGACACGUUGCCGGCGUUACGCAGCAAACUGCAGAGUCAGCUGCUGUCCAUCGAGAAGGAGGUGGAGGAGUACAAGAACUUCAGACCGGACGACCCGGGACGCAAGACCAAGGCCCUGCUGCAGAUGGUGCAGCAGUUCGCGGUGGACUUUGAGAAGCGGAUUGAAGGAUCUGGAGAUCAGGUGGAAACCUACGAGCUGUCAGGAGGAGCCAAGAUCAACCGCGUGUUCCACGAGCGCUUCCCCUUCGAGCUGGUCAAGUUGGACAGUGAUGAGAAGACUCUCCGUAAAGAGAUCAGCUAUGCCAUCAAGAACAUCCAUGGAAUCAGGACGGGUCUGUUCACCCCCGACAUGGCGUUUGAGACGAUCGUGAAGCGACUCAUCGCUCAGAUCAAAGAGCCGUGUCAGAAAUGUGUCGACAUGGUGAUCAACGAGCUGGUGAACACCGUGAGGCAGUGUACCCAGAAGUUGGCCCAGUUCCCGAUGCUCAGAGAGGAGAUGGAGAGAAUCGUUACUCAGCACAUCAGAGACCGAGAGAGUCGCACCAAAGACCAGGUGGUCCUGCUCAUUGACAUUGAGUUGGCCUACAUGAACACAAACCAUGAAGACUUCAUCGGCUUCGCAAAUGCUCAGCAGAAGAGCAGUCAGAUGAGUAAGAAGAAAGCAGCAGGAAACCAGGACGAGAUCAUGGUGAUCCGUAAAGGUUGGCUGACCAUCAACAACAUCAGCAUCAUGAAGGGAGGAGCUAAAGAGUACUGGUUCGUCCUCACAGCCGAGACGCUGUCCUGGUACAAAGAUGAUGAGGAGAAGGAUAAGAAGUAUAUGCUUCCUGUGGACAACCUGAAGCUCAAAGACAUCGAGAAGAGCUUCAUGUCGUCUAAACACGUCUUUGCUUUGUUCAACACUGAACACAGGAACGUGUACAAAGACUCCCGUCAGCUGGAGCUGGCCAGUGAGUCUCAGGAGGAGGUGGACAGCUGGAAGGCUUCUUUCCUACGAGCUGGAGUGUACCCUGAACGCAGCGUGGACAAAGACAAGGGGGAGGGGGAGGAGUCCCGGUCUGACGGUCAGAUCCACAGUCUGGACCCUCAGCUGGAGCGACAGGUGGAGAUCGUGAGGAACCUGGUGGACUCGUACCUGUCCAUCAUCCACCGCACCGUCAGAGACCUGAUCCCCAAGACCAUCAUGCACCUGAUGGUCAACAAUACGAAGGAGUUCAUCCACUCUGACCUUCUGGCUCAGCUUUACUCCUGUGGAGACCAGAACACCCUGAUGGAGGAGUCCCAGGAACAGGCUCAGCACCGUGAUGAGAUGCUGAAGAUGUACCACGCUCUGCGUGAGGGACUGAACAUCAUCGGUGACAUCAGCACCUCCACCUUCACCACCACCAAUCCUCCGCCUGUCGAUGACUCCUGGCUGCAGGUGACGGGGAUGCCGUCGGGACACAGGUCUCCCAUGUCCAGUCCGACCCCCAGGGCGGGCCCCCCCGGACCUCCUCGUCCAGGUGGGCGUUCGGCCCCCGGCCCUCCGUCCCGUCCCGCGGUGUCACCGGACCCCGGACCCCCUCCAUCCCUUCCCGACCCAACAGAGCGCCCCCCUGGAGUCCCCAGUCGUCCCAGUAAAGGUAGCCCCGCCCACGGAGAGAGCCCCCAGUCUUCUAUGGAGGGUUAA